CUGUACUGGACGAAAGAUCAUGAUCUUCUUUUAGUGAGAGAAGUGCUAACUGUUGAUCCGUAUAGCCAGCCAAAGGGAAGUAGGGAGAGAGGGAACUGUGGGAAGAAAUUGCCUUAACCCUGAGUGCAGUGUCUGAGCCCCGUUUCUCGGUUUCUGUGAGGUCUGUAAGAGACCGUGUAAACCUGGUUCUAAUAAAGAAACACAAAAGAAAGGUUGCAGAAGAAAGAAAGGCCAGCGGAAUAGCAGUUGAUGAGCCCUCAGAGUUUGAUGCAGCAACUGAAGAAAUAUGUGAGAAAGCCGAGGCUGCAGAGAGAGAGAGAGAGCAGCAAAUGAUAUCAGCGGGAAAAAAAGCCAAGGCAGAGAAAGAGAAAAGAACAAGCAGAGGAUAUGAGAGCCAAGGCUUUGGAGAAAGUUGGAGAAACAAGAAAAAGAGUGGUCGGUGAUGAUGUUAGUGAAUAGCCCGAAAAAAGGAGAAAAAGGACAAGGAGAUCUGGAACAGAGACCAUAGUAUAUCUGAAGGAGAAGUCGGAAAAAGAAUUCAAAAUCAGGCGAGAAGAGUUAGAACUAAGGAAACAGGAGCAGUGUGCCCAAGUAAAGCGGCAAGAAGAAAUGACACAGCAACUGAUCCAUCAACAGGAGCAGCAAUAAACAAUGUUUGCUAACCUCCAGCAGCAGCAACAUCAGCAGCUUCAACAGCUAAGCCAGAUGCAAAUGACUAUAAUGGAGCAACAA